GAGGAUGGACUUGGCCCUCUACCUGUCACCCUACCUGUGUUUAAGUCAAUCAUUAAUAAGUGAGCUCAGAAAGACAGUCCUUAGGCAAUAGGAAACCACCUUGGUAUAGAUUUGUCAUAACUCGUUGUACACAAUUGCCUAUUUAUCUAUGCAACUGGGGUUUGUGUCUAAACUGAGAACAGAUAAGUGGGUAUUCACUUAUUUUGAUCCUUACAUCUAAGGGCUCCUAAUUGAAAUUCUUGUGUUUUGUGUGAUUUCACUGAACAAUGGGGAAAGCAAACAACUGCACAUUCAUGGGAGGUGGGAUUCCUCUGUCAUCUGAGUUCUUUAAAGUGAUCAAGAAUGAUCUCUGGCUGUUCCUCCUUCCUGCUGUGUUUGCUGUGCUUAUUCUUGCUCUCUUCAUGGAGGAGAUUGGCUUUUUUCUGCGUCAUGUCCCCUCUCAGUGGCGUAGAUGUCUCAGCCUGUGGAUCCUGGGAAUAUAUCCAGUCUUCGGGAUGACGUCUAUCAUUGCACUUUAUGUUCCACGCUCCUCAUUUCUGUGCAAUUUCAUUGCAUCUCUUUAUCACUCCAUUACACUCUUGAAGUUCAUGGGUCUUAUCAAAGACUUCUUCGGUGGAAAGACUCGGAUGCUGGAAAUGUUAGCAGGGGAGCAGGUGUCUCCAAACCCCUUCCCUUGCUGUUGCUGCUGCUGUCUUCCUCUCUUCAACAUCAACGAGACCAGCGUGGGCUGGAUGAUGGCUGCUGUUCUUCAGCUCUCUGUGGUCAGAACAGUCCUGUUCUUCCUUACUCUUGUCCUCUGGACUGAUGAGCAAUAUGAUUAUGGGGAUGUGAAUUCAGGUAAUCUCAACAUGUAUGUCAAUGCCAUCAUUGCCAUAUCCACGUUUCUGUCUUUCUAUGGUUACUUGCUGUUUUAUAAAGCCACAAAAAAAGCAUUGCCUGGAUAUGGUCUUCGAGCCAAGUUUAUUUGCAUCAUUGUCAUCCUGGUCCUUUGUGGACUACAGAGUGGAAUUUUGGAGACCAUGGGUGCGCUGAAUGUCAUCCCCUGCACUCCUCCCUUCUCUGACCUGUUUCGGUCUCAAUUAAUUUACCACUAUUGUGUAAUUGUGGAGAUGUUCUGCAUCAGCCUCUUUGCACAUCACACAUUCCGAAAAGUUGAACCCUGUCAUGACGAGGCUGAAGAAAUAGAAGUUGAUGUCCUAAGAGUUCUCAAUGAAAAGGCAAUACAGACAGAAGAUGAGCUGCCAAUCGCUGUGCAGCUCUCCUCUCAAGAAGACGAUCCAUGCCAUUCUAACCUCGGGUACAAUAGUGACAGUGAAGACAGCCUCUGUAAAAUUGAACACGCACCACUGGACCGCUUCCCUUUCCCCUUACAGCACAAACUGCAAACUGUGGCGAACACUGAGAAAGUGUGUACUACACCACCUGAAGACUCCAUGAGUGUGGACCAGCCGACAAUUACUGUCAGUGCUGAAAUUAACCAUGUUAACAAUGGUGAUGUUACUGUUGUAUAGAAGAAAAAGAUAGAUGUAUAUUUGUAUAGAUGUGACAUUAUUCGAUUUUAUAUGUCUGUGACUCCAUUGGGGCCAGGAAACUAAAUUAAGGUAUUUAAAAGUGAAUUGUAAUGAAAUGUAAAUUUCACCAGCAUAACAAGCAUAACAUUUUUUUUUCUUUGUAAUCUCUAAUUAAGUACCUUAAGUUUACUGUUAAAUUCACUAUUUAAAUGUACUGUUUAGUACAUUUUUAUAAAAAGUAUACAGUUAAUUAAUAUAUAUAGG